GAGCGUGGAAGUGAAGAAACGAGGAUUUUAGAGAACUGGGACCGACAGGAAUGCGUGGCACAACAGCAAACGGUAGAUGGCAGCAAUACGCCAUGGUCGCGUCCAGACUGCUGAACCACCAGAAGAAGAAGAAGAAGAAGAAGAAGAAGAAGAAGAAGAAGAAGGAGGCGGGACUGUGGGACAACAUGGCGACCUUGUGUAGGGUCGUGUCGACUUUUCGGAGCGGAGUCCGGGUCUCCUGCAGGCUAAGCCGGAGUUCCUUCAGCUCGGACUCCGGCAGCGGCCCGUCCCCCACGGAAAGGCCCAGAUCCGGCUUCGCCGCCGCCUUCGAGCAGCAGUCGGAACUCCGAAGGGAAGCGGAGAGCUCCGCGCCCGGCCUGACAGGCGCCUCCUCCGGAAAGGAUGAGAGCUUCGCCUCGCUGCUCCGCCGGUCCCCGCUGAUCCAGAUGGGACCGGCCAAAGACAAGAUAGUGGUCGGAAGGAUUUUCCACGUGGUCCGGGACGACCUGUACAUCGAUUUUGGUGGAAAGUUCCACUGCGUGUGUCGGCGGCCCGCGGCCGGAGGAGAGAAGCUGCAGCGGGGGAGCAGGGUCCGUCUGCGGCUCCAGGACCUGGAACUCACCGCCAGCUUCCUGGGAGCCAACACGGACACCACGCUGCUGGAGGCUCAGGCCGUCCUGCUGGGCCCGCUGGAGGCCCAGAACCGGGGCUGAAGGAAGGAACCCCAGACUGUACUGUGGACCUGGUUCUGGUCCAGACUCCGGACUGCAGGUGUCACAUAAUGACUCUCCAGAAAACUGUUUAUGUGGAUCAAAUGCUUUAUUUUCGUUUUGUAAAAUAUUCAGAUUAAAAAAAAUCUCAAUUUCCUUGUAAUUUAUAUUAAAGCGUGAAAAGUGAAACCUC